AUGGAAUUAUCAAAAACUCAUACUAUAGCUCUUACAUUUUUUGUAUUUUGCAUUACUAAUGUCAAUGGCUGGGGAAUUGAUGGUCACCACAUUAUCUGCAAACUUGCUCAGCCGAGGUUGUCCGAAGCAGCCGCAGAUGCCGUAAAAGAACUUUUACCGGCCUACGCCGAAGACGACCUAAGCAGCGUGUGUUUGUGGGCCGAUCGAGUCCGGUUUCGUUACCAUUGGUCCGCGCCUCUGCAUUACAUAGAUACUCCUGAUAAUCUCUGCACUUAUCAGUACAAAAGGGACUGUAAAGAUGGGGAUGGAAUAGCUGAUAGGUGUGUUGCAGGGGCAAUCAACAACUACACCACACAACUUCUCAGCUAUGCCAAUGCCUCUUCUGCUUCUCAAUAUAAUCUCACAGAAGCACUUAUGUUCCUAUCUCACUUCAUUGGAGAUAUUCAUCAGCCUCUGCAUGUCGGAUUCACGACCGACAGGGGAGCAAACGCAAUCGACGUCCAUUGGUACAGAAGAAAAUCAGUUCUUCACCAUGUGUGGGACACUGACAUUAUAGAGACAGCCGAAAAAAAGUUUUACGGCUCAAACGUCGAUGGACUUAUCGAUGUACUCCAAAAAAACAUAACGACUGUAUGGUCUGAACAAGCAACGGAAUGGGAGGCUUGCGACACGAUAGCUUGCCCGGAUUUAUAUGCAUCUGAAGGCAUUAAAGCAGCUUGUGACUCGGCAUAUAAAGGUGUCGAAGAAGAUUCUGUUCUCGAAGAUGACUAUUUUCUGUCACGAAUGCCGGUCGUUAAUCUGAGGUUAGCUCAAGGUGGAGUUCGAUUGGCGUCCACACUUAACCGUAUAUUUGGAUGA